GACCAUGGUUUGAGGUUAUGCAUUGCUCAGUAGGUGGUAAUAUACGUCAGAUAUCAGAUACGUAGGUUAGAAAUGGGCAGAGUCGUGUCUGUCAGAAGACGUAUUGUCAAAACGUAUUAAUAGAGAAUAUUAUGAAACAUCAAUUAAUUAAUGAAUUAUGCGUUUAUUGAAUUUUCUAUAUCACAAUACUUUAAUUUGAAUUGAAUUACAGUCCUUGACAAUGACAAUUACUGUGUCUUGACCCAUUUUUAUUAUAUGUGUCAAUUGUUUCAACAAAUUACUUGAAAAUGAUGCAACAAUAUAUGAAAGAAUUGGAGCAGGAGCCAUUUGAUGCUGAAGAAUUUGUAGAACGUUUAGCAUGGCGGACAGUCAAUGAUUCCUCUGAGGAUGGUGGAAAAGGAACAUUUGAUCCUGUUUUAGUACAUGAGACCUUCCUUCAGGCAAUAAAAGACUUGCAGAUUCUUCAGGAACGCCAGCAAAAGAAAUGUGAUAAAUUAGAAGUUGCUUUGAAAGAUGAGGAAUCCAGGCAUACCAUGGAGAUCCUAGAACUACAGGAAAAGAAUAAGCAUGCUAUGGAUCUCUUUCAUCAACUUGAUGAAAGAAUCAAUUUUGUGGCUACUAAAGUUCUUCACUUGGGUGAUCAAUUAGAGAGUGUUAAUACUCCAAGAGCCAGAGCCGUUGAAGCUCAAAAGCUUAUGCGGCACUUUUCUGAAUUUCUCAGUCCUGGACCGUUAACAGAUCCUAUUUUUACAGACAAAUCUUCACUGGAUGAAGCUGCUGAUGUGAUACAAAAGCUUCACUUGAUAGCACAGGAGUUGCCUUCUGAAAAAUUCGAACACGCUAAGAAAAAGAUUGGUGCAAAAUAUGACGAAAUUGAACGUAGUCUAAUCGAAGAGUUUGUCAGAGCACACAACAGUGAAGAUGCAGUUCGCAUGAAGGAGUUGGCUUCCGUGCUUGCUCAUUUCAAAGGAUACUCACAGUGCAUAGAUGCUUUUAUUGAGCAAAGUCAAAUGGGAUCAUUUGGUGGGAAGGACGUAUUUCAGGAUGUGAUACCGAUGUGUACCAAGAAUUAUGAACUUAUGCAGCAAGUUUUUACAAAUUCCGAGCAAGUGAUGGCAAAGUUCGUACUGAAUAUCUAUCACCUCCGUCUACAAAAAUAUGCCGUGGCUAAAUUAGCCGAUCGUACGGAUCCUGACAAAUAUCUGAUGAACUUGUACGACUUAUACUCCAAAACUGUAAAACUAUCCAACGACUUAAAACGCUUUAACAUGGGUACUGGGGACUCGUACCUUAUGAAACUAACGACAAAAAUUUUUCAAAAGCACCUCGAUACAUAUAUUACUAUCGAAGUGAAAGCACUGAGAGAGAAAUCAGCAACCUUACUCAUAAAAUACUACGAGUCUAAGAAUCACCAAAAGAAACAACUGCAAACUGGUGGCUUCCAGGAACUGAGACGUGAUUUACAAGCUGUCAUUGGUACCAGAACCAACAUAAACAUAGCACAGAUAGAAGAUUAUGGCGGAGAGACCUUCCUCUCAGAAGAAUUAGCCAUUGCUCUUUUACAAAACAGUAAAAUGGCCUUUCAACGUUGUAACUUAUUAUCCCAACAAAGUGAUUUGCCCAUGAAUACAUUACAAAUAUUGGAAAUACUCCUACAAUACUUAUUGAACGAGCACGUCGAUUACGCACUCGAGUUAGGUCUACAAAAUGUUCCAAUUCCUGAGAGUAGAAGCCAACCGGAAAUACAUUUUUUCAACGUAGUCCGGCAAUGCAACGCUAUAAUCCGCCUCCUGGAGGAACAGUUCAAUGAUAGUGUGGUGCCUCUUGUCAUCUCCACUCCAAAGCAUGGCGAGUGCAUGACUAAAAAGAAGGUCGCCCUGGAGCAAAUUGAAAUGAAGCUGGAUGCUGGUCUAGACAGAAGUAUAAACGUCAUCGUCGGCUGGGUCAAAAUGUAUCUUCAAAGUGAGCAACGUAAAUCCGACUUCAAACCCGAGACAGACGUGGACACUUUAAAUACUCCAGCUUGUCUGGUAGUGGUGCAAUAUGUUACUAGCAUGAUCAGACACAUCCGGGACAGUCUCGAUGGUAAAAACGCCGAGAGUGUGCUUACGGAAUUAGGCAUACGCUUCCACAGGGUCAUCUAUGAACACCUGCAGCAGUUUCAAUUCAAUUCUGCUGGUGCAAUGUGUGCCAUAUGUGACAUGAAUGAAUAUCGGAAAUGCGUCAAGGAGCUGAAAGUCAACGUUGUUACGACCUUGUUCGAUACUCUACACGCUCUCUGCAAUCUUCUGCUGGUUAAGCCAGAAAAUUUGAAACAAGUCUGCACUGGUGAUCAGUUGGCAAUGCUGGACCGUUCGAUUCUUAUUAAUUUCAUUCAAUUAAGGAGCGAUUAUAAAACCCAAAAAUUGGCCAAUUCUUUAAAAGGACUUUCUGCAUAGUGGUCCACUCUGAAAAUAAUUCGAUACAAGAAAUAUCUAUUAUAACAUUUACAUGUGAAAAGCUAGUUCUCUUGUAACGAGAACGAAAAUACAAGAAAAAUGAAACAGGGAA